AUGUUCCGUUCAUAUAAGGACGUUUCAUUUGAAUCAAAACCGAAGGAAAAGUGCGAAUUUGAGAUAGAUGAAGGAUUUUUUUGCGAUCUAUGCACUGCAGGCCCGUUCUCCACCGAAUUAGAUGUUGAUAUUCAUCGUAGGAACGCUCAUAAAUGGGAAUUAUUGAAAAAUUUAAGAGAUGAAGACGUUCUAAUGUGUUCUAUAUGCCUCUACAUACAAAAAGACAAAGAAUCGCUAAUACAACACAUUCUGACCAACCAUCUAUGUUCUGCACCAGACGCAAAGAUAAUAAACCGAGAACUCUUUAUCUGCGACUACUGUAACCGCUUAUUUUUCAACAAGGACCUUCUUAUUAUGCACAUAUACCACUAUCAUUUACCGAAGGAAGUCAAACAGGUUUCAAAUAUACGUCACAACUGUCCGAAAUGCUUGAAAAGUAUUCCAGGGAAGUCGACAUGGUUUCAUCUGCUCUAUCAUGGUAUUUUCAACUCUAGAACCUGUCCGAUAUGUCUGACAUCGUUCAAUAGAAACACUGAUGUACUAAAUCAUUUGAAGAGUCAUAAACCGUACUUAAAGUGCAGCAUAUGUGGUUUUACAACGAUGAAGGAGCGUUUCUUUUCAAGUCACCUAGAGAAACAUAAGAAAGAUGUGUAUUUAAAUGAAAAGGAUGAUGUUUCUAAGUAUUUUACACCGCAGCAUGUGUUUCAUUCUUUACAAAACAGGCAGUCGCAUACAUUGAAAGGUGUACCGUUUGCUAACGAAGUGAGGAUCUGUGUGUUGUGUAGAACGGUGUGUCUUAGUUAUGAAGAAAUGGUUGCUCACAUAUACGGUGACCAUUGUCCUGGUGAGAAGGAGAAGAGUAAGAAGUACCAGUGUCUUUGCGGUGAAGAUUUCUUCAAUAAUGUGUUAUUGAAGCACCAUGUGUUCAAAAUGAGAAGCGGACACGCUGUUAUGGAGGCUGAAGAAGAUAAUGGCGAAAUCGGCGGACACCUGUGUACAUGUGGCCUACAGUUUCCAAACAGCUUACUGCUAAAACAUCACCUGGUGCAGGUCAACUCUAUGCACGGCGUCUGUGAUGGCACAGAAAUGGUAACAGAGCAACAAGCGUCGAGUGAAAUAGUUUUUUCUGAAUAUGAUAUAGAUCAACCGAUGGAAGUCCAAGUUGGAGAUUUAGUCAUUGGAGUAUAG